AUGGCGCCUCAACCAUCUGACAUCAAGCCUUGGCUUCAAGACGGCCCCAACGCCCGUGUCUUUGUGAACGCCAAUGUCGUAGACGUCGCCGCGUCCGCAAUUAUUCCCAAUGCCACGGUGAGGGUCUCCGACGGAAAGAUCGAAUCUGUCACCACGGGUUCCCCCAGCUCCCCUCCAGCAGGCUACACAGUCGUCGACUUGGAAGGCAAAUACCUAUCCCCCGGUCUCUUCGACUCUCAUGUCCACUUCUGCGCUGUCCCCGGAUUCGGCGAUUUGUCCAUGGCAUUUGGCAAUGACAACGACGUCAUGGUCCUGCGUCAGCCAUACGUCGCCUCGCAGAUGCUGCACCGCGGCUUCACCAGCGUUCGCGACUGCGGCGGUGCCCAGCUCGCCCUAAAGGAGGCAAUCGAGGAUGGUGUCUUCCCCGGGCCCAGAUUAUUCAUCGCUGGCCACGCUCUCUCCCAGGCUGGUGGCCACGGUGAUAUCCGUGGCCUCCACGACGCAACAGAGUGCUGCGGCGGUCACACCAAUGGGCUGGGCCGUCUCUGCAACGGCGUGCCAGAGUGCAUGACGGCCGUCAGAGAGGAAAUCCGUCGCGGUGCUGAUUUCAUAAAAAUCAUGGGCUCUGGUGGUGUCUCCACGCCCACUGACAAGCUGGAGCACUUGCAGUUUACCGUCGCUGAGAUCAAGGCCAUGGUCGAGUGCGCUGACAAUGCGGGCACAUUCGUCACAGCCCAUGCGUACACAUCCAAAGCCAUCCGGCACUGCAUCGAUAAUGGCGUACGCGGCAUUGAGCAUGGAAAUUUUGUGGACGAGGAAACAGCCAAAAUCAUGGUCGAAAAGGGGAUAUAUCUCACACCAACACUGAUAUCUUACAACCAAAUGGCUUCCGAGAAGUGGCAGGGCUACUUACCUCCUGCCUCGCAGGAGAAGAACACGGCCGUCUUCAAGGCGGGUUUGACGGCUCUGAAGAUUGCACACGAUGCGGGAGUGAAGCUCUGCUACGGUAGCGACCUCUUAGGCCCUCUGGGUUUGGCCCAGACUGAGGAGUUCAAGAUCCGUGCCCAGGUGCUGCCGCCAGCAGCGGUCCUGCGCAGCGCGACCAUUGUCCCAGCUGAGAUGAUGGGAGUGCAAGAUAGUCUUGGGCAGGUGAAGGGAGGUUUCAUUGCGGACUUGUUGGUGCUAGAUAAGAACCCGAUGGAGGACGUGACGAUCCUGGAUGAUACAGAGACCAAUGUUUUAGGUGUGCUGAAGGAGGGUAGAGUAUACAAGAGCAGAUGGCAGGGCUUGAAGGAGGAUUCCCCUAUUCCUAUUAAGAUCAAGGCCGCUUUAUAA